AUGUCAACGGAGGCGGAAACAUUCGUGAAACGGUGCCAGCCUUGUCUUGUAGCGACUGAGCCAACAAAACUUAGUUUCACCCCACUGAAACCCACCACCCUCACAAAAGCAGCCUGGUUAUUGAUAGGGAUGGAUUUCGUAGGCCCAUUUCCCACCGGAGAAAACCUGUUGGUGCUAGUCGACUAUUAUAGUCGAUAUCCUGAAGUAGAAAUCAUGAAGCAUAUCACGACUGCUGCCCUGGAACCGCGCCUUCGUCGAAUUUUUGCCCGCUACGGAGUACCCCAGGAAAUUGUCACGGACAAUGCCAAAACUUUCCGGUCAUCCAGGUUCUCUAACCUUAUGAGAGAAUUUGGUAUCAAGCACAAAAAAAUAACUCCCCGGUAUUCACGUGCGAAUGGCGAAGCAGAACGGCUCAACCGCAGUAUCAACAAAGUGGUCAAAACCGCAAUAGCCGAGUCACGGGACUGGCGUAAGGCCAUCGACGCUUGGCUGCUGGCUUAUCGUACCACGCCCCAUACGGUCACCGGUCAGCCACCAGCAGCCAUAAUGUUCGGACGAAACGUCAACGACAAGCUUCCAUCACUACAGCCGUCAGCGCCCAUAAACAUCAACCGUAGGUCAUACCGACAGCACGACGCCAACAACAAGCAAAAGGGGAAGUGCUACCACGACAUUAAGAAGAAAGUGCAGCCCAGCUCAAUUAAAGUCGGCGAUCAGGUCCUUAUCCGUUCGGAAAAGAAAGGCAAAGUAGCACUACCGUGGCGUGCCAAUACGUUUCGUGUCACCGCCGUCAAGGGCGACUCCAUCCUAAUCGACGAUGGAAAUCACCGCCUCAUGCGCCACUCUACGGCUGUUAAGAAAGUGCCAAUAACAGUUACAACUGUCCCAGAUGUUCCAACAACACCUCCAGAAACAAUUGUUGCUCAACGACCUCGUCGCUCUAUAAAACGACAACCAGACUAUUACGGUUAUAGUUCUACCGCAUGA